AUGGAGAAAAUGUGUCUGGCAAUGGUGUGGCUCACUAAAAAAUUAAGACACUAUUUUAUGAAUUACCAAAUUGAUGUGUUGUCAAAAAUUGAUCCCAUGCGAUAUUUAUACAGAACUCCAUCCCUGAUAGGAAAGCUUGGGAGGUGGUUACUUCUACUGUCGGAAUUUGAUAUACAAUACAUACCCAAGAAGGUAAUUAAGGGGAGAGCUGUGGCUGACUUCCUAGCACAAAAUCCAGUAGAUGAUAGUGAAGUAAUUAACUUUUCCUUCCCAGAUGAAGACAUUAGACUAAUAGAUAUUGGAAAGUGGAAAAUGUACUUCGAUGGUGCUGCAAAUAAAAGUGGAGCUGGUAUUGGCGUCAUUUUGGUUUCCCCAGAAGGUGAAUGGAUGCCAUUAUCCAAAAGGCUAGAUUUUUGGGCCACCAACAACAUGUCUGAAUACGAAGCUUGUAUUUUUGGAUUGGAAUCAUUGAUAUCAAUAGGAAUCAAACAUGCAGAAAUUUUUGGAGAUUCCAGUCUAGUAAUAAAACAAGUGAGAAAGGAGUGGGAAAUAAAAGAAGAAAAAUUAAAACCCUAUCUCCAAUAUACUGAAGUUCUCAAGACACAUUUUGAUGUAGCUGAAUUCAAAUAUAUCCCUAGGGAAGAAAACCAGAUAGCUGAUGCUUUAGCUGGAUUAGCUUCAUUAUGGGACGAUCUUGGAAGAUUGUUUGUCGAGCCACUAGUAAUGGUAAGGAGUAAGGUUCCAUGCUUUCAAGGUGCACGAAUAUUAGACAUCACGCAAGAUGAAAAGCCUUGGUUUCAUGAUAUUUUGAGGUUCAUGCAAGAUAAACAUUAUCCAGUAGAUGCUACCACAAAGGAUAGACAUUUGAUUCAAAAAUUGGCUCAACAAUUUUUCUUAUUACAUGGAAAACUAUAUAAACGUCAUCAUGACUUACACCUGUGCCAUAACUGUCAAAUUCAUGGGGAUCUAAGCCAUAUUCCGCCAUCGAAAUUGCAUUGUCUUACUUCGCCAUGGCCCUUCUCUGCUUGGGGAAUCGAUAUUAUUGGAAAAAUUCACCCGACCGCAUCAAAUGGUCACGAAUUCAUCGUGGUUGCCAUAGAUUACUUUACAAGAUGGGUGGAAGCUGAAUCCUACAAGAUAUUGGGGCCAAAACAAAUGGCUGAAUUCAUUGAAACUCACUUAAUAUGUAGAUAUGGGAUUCCACACCAUAUUGUGAGCGACAAUGGAGUACAAUUCCAAGCAGAAGUGAAACAACUAUUGCGUAAAAAUGGGAUCGAGCACCAUAAGUCUUCACUGUAUAGGCCUCAAGCUAAUGGAGCAGUGGAAGCGGCGAAUAAAAAUGUUAAAAAGAUUCUCGCUAAAAUGGUGGAGACAUACAGAGAUUGGUCAAAGAAAUUACCAUACGCCUUACACGGGUACAGAAGAACAGCAAGCACGUCAACUGGUGCAACCCCAUACUCCUUAGUAUAUGGAAUGGACGCUGUCUUGCCUGUUGAGGUUGAAUUACAAUCACUUAGGGUGGUGUUGGAGGCUCAAGUCCCAGAAUACGAAUGGGCUAGAGCAAGAUAUGAACAAUUGGCUGCAUUGGACGAGAAAAGAACGCGAGCAAGUCAAUAA